UCCAUCUCCUCACAUUCGUAUUGGGAGUGUAAAAUCAGAUGAUUCGUUUGAACAACAAAAGACAGACGACAACAAUAAACACAACAAAGCUAAAAUCAAAAUACAAAAAUAGAGCAUUAAAAUUAUUACAUUUUUUCCAUUUGUGCAAGCAAAAACAAAGUGAAAUAACAACUAGUUGUCGUCUUCUUCUCUUGUUGUUAUUGCAUUUAGUCAGUGAGAGAUAAUUGUGUUCAGUGCUUAACCCAACGGUGGGUCAUUCCAUAACGCGGAAGUGGGGUCAUUCCAUGUUACAAAUCAAUAAAAUAACUCCAAAAGUUAAACAAAUGACAUCCAUGGAAAGUUUCUAAAGUCUUCCAAAUCGUUACGCUUCAGUGUCUGAACUUUCUUCCUAAAAAAAUACGAGACAAAAAAAACAAACCGGCCAUCGACAAUUUAAUAACAACAAAUGUGUGUGUGCGUCGUCUGUGUGUAAAAUAGUUUCGUAUUAAUAAUUAAUGAGUUUUCUAGUAGUUUUACCAUUCUCCGUUGGUCAAUGGUGAUUUGCAGAAAAUUGGAGGGGAGUUGACCGGAGCUUCAGCAUUAAAUUCGAAUUCGACAACAUCAUCCGUCAGUGGUUGUAGACAACAACGUCUGAGUUUUAUUUGUUAAAAUCCCAACCAUACACAGAGCUUCAACAUGACAGUUCAAAGUAAAAUGGUGUCACUUUGUACCUGCAAAGAUUUUCAACAUUGCUGGACGGAUAAAUGUGUCAAUGCGACGGCUGGUAUUAUAUUGGCCGCCACACCCUAUUGCCUUAGAGUUUAUACCAUGGUUUAUGCGCUUUCUCUCGUUAUGCGUGGUAAAAUUCCCACUUUGGAUGAUUUGAAGAAAACAGUCCGGGGCAUUUUACAGUCCACAGCCUUUUUGGUGACAAAUGCCUAUGGCUUUAUUAUGUACAAUUGUCUGAUGCGUCAUCUUAUGGGUUAUUAUACAACGGCGAGUGUGGCAUUUUUGCCUUGUUUCUUGGCCAGUUUAAUGGCCAUUGUUGUGGAGAGGGAGCCGAGAAGGCCAAUGUUGGCAUUGUAUGUGGCAAAUGUGGGCACUGAGACCCUGUGGAAUAUGGCUGAGGCCCGUGGUUGGGUGAAAUCCAUACCAAAUGGCCAGGUUCUCUUGUUUGGAGCCAGUAUUUCGGCAUUACUGUAUUUGUAUAAAUUGGGUCUACACAAAACCACCUGCAAAGAUUCGCUAUUUGGUCUACUGAAAAUAUUUGUGGGUAAAGCCGAGGAAGGUCCAGCAACCAAAGAGAGUAUAGAGGGUAAUCCUGCUGCUCCCACAACGCAGCAAAGAUCCCGUCCUCCAAUAAAUUUUGCCACCAUCAAUGGUUGGGUGCAAGCCUAUUCGAGGUUUAUUGAAAAACUGAAAGGUAAACAUGAAACCUGUAAUCACAAAGAAAGCUGUGUUCACUAUUCCAUUAUGGGUGGCCUCAAACCAUUGGUGGGUGGUAUCGGUGUCCAGGUUGCCUUGAAACUUUUGUUGAAUAUCAAAAAGGUGGCCCAAAAUAAAUUGGACUGGCGAAAAACGGUGUUCACCAAGAAGACAUUGAAUUUGGGUCUGUUUUUGGGUGCUUUCUCAUUCCUAUUUAAGUCUGUUUCUUGUGGCCUUAGACAUGGUUUUAAUCGUGACGAUCCCAGAUUUGCCUUACCAGCUGGUCUAAUUGCCAGUACAAGCUUCCUUUACUAUCCCGACAAAACAGUAGCUUUAUACGUUAUGUGGAAAACACUACAGAUUGUCUACAAUUUGGGUAUUGAAAAGAAGAAGGUACCCAAGGUCCCCGGUUUUACGAUAAUGUUAUAUGCCUUCUGCACAGCGGUACUUUUCCAUGCUGGCAUCUUGGAACCCAAAACAUUGAGACCUAGCUACUACAAAUUCCUGCAAGAUAUUUCCGGUGGAAGAUUUAAUCACUUCAACAUGAAACCUCUGGAUGUCUUUGGCUUGGAUACCGCCCGACAAACGGAAGAAGUUUUGAUUAGUCUAAAACUAACCGAUAGAUCCAAAUUGCCCAUGUUUGCCUUGGCCGAUUGGUAGUAGAGAAAUCAAGAAUUUACUUCUUAUGAACUAGUUGUUUUUUUUUUUUGUAUCUAAUGUAAAUAUAUAGGAAUUGUGUAACGGGUGUUUGUACAAAAAUUGUAAUUGUGAUGUGAACGAGUGAUGUGAGAAUACCAAAGGAUAUAUAGCCUUUGAUAUCUUUUGUGUUUAUCUAACUACCUAAAUGUAUAAUAGUAUAGUUUAUUAUUUUUUUAAUUUUUGUAUUUUGUGGCGCUAAUGAGAAGCAAUGAAUCGUUAAUUUCUUCUUUUGCAAGAAAUUUUAAAAUGAUUUCCAUCCUAUUAUUCUUUCAUUCUAAUAUAAUGAAUUUAAAUAUUUUAAAUAGUUAAUAUUGUUUUAAUAAGGAAAUAAAUAUAUAAUGUUUAAUUGUCACGAGAGUGCUAUUUGAAUUUUGAACUGUUAACAGGUUAUAACAUUAUUUAUAAAUAUAAAUAUAUAUUUUUGUACUUCCAGAAAAUAAUAAAAGGAAAAUGAAAGAAGAUGUGA